AUGUUCUCCUUCCCAGCCCAACUCGAGUCGGAUCAGCAGCCACGGAACUGGUAUCAAGACCUUCUGGACCAUCCGGACUGCCAGGGCGACCCUGUAAAGGUGCAGCAGGCCUAUGAGUCCUACAGACAUGGGAGCCUGACAAGGUCUCUUACAUCCUUGACACAGGCGGACGGCAAGCCAAAGAUUACACCUAGUCCGGCCCUUGUUCAGUAUCUCUCUUACGUCGUAAACGACACCACGCCUAAGGAGGUCGAAAAUCAUUAUAGAGAUGAGAACCUUAAUUAUAUGUGGUUUCCUGAGCCCUCUAGGUUGCAUUUAUCUGUCAUUGAGAUCUCGCAUCGCCAUCCAAUGGCCCAUCUGCGGUCUGUAUUUGACCAAAUUGGAAAAUCGCUCUUCCAGAAAUUACUGGACCAUCCAGCUACCCUUGCGGCAACUGAAUCUAGGACUUCUCGUCUUGGGAGACCGAUGCUGCUCUUUGACGGCGUUGGAGUAGCCAUCUCAUUCGUUCCAGUUGGGACUGACCAGUACACCUACCACCAUCUGCGGGCAGACCUGCACAACAUGGCUGUAAGCAGUGGAAUCAAGACAGACACAUGUUACACUGCUUGUAUGAGCCAUAUCACACUUGGCCGCUUUGUAUCUUCAAAAAACUUCGAUUUGGAAACUGCCGAAAUGGCUCAGCAGCGGCUCAGAGACUGGAUAAAUACUAUCCAAUCUAUAAAUAAAGAGCUCAAUGAGUAUUACCAGGCCAACGACUGGGAAUGGACUGUUGGAGAAGAGAAGGGGCUGGAACUGCAGAUGGGCAUGCUCAAGUUUGGGCGGGAUACAGACGCGGCCGAAAUGGCUGGACGAUGCUUCGGUGAUGAAGCUAUGCCAUCAAUGACAGCUAAUUAG